GAGGGCCAGAACAAGGCGCUGGAGCAGCGGAGGAGGAGGAGGCUCUUCUCCAUUCCCUUCAGGGCUGAGGGCGCACGGCCAGCCCGCCUCUCCUUGGGGUCUUGGGGGCAGCCUGGUCCUCUGCGGAGGGGCCAAGGGAGGCCAAGGGGCUCCAAGAAGGGACACAAGUUCCCAGGGAAGUUUCCCUCCUCUCCAGCUCCGUGCGUAAAGUUGCCUCGGAGAGGAGUCUCAGGGGAAGGGCUCUUUGGGGGCCAUGGAGAAGGCGAAGAGGGCUCCCCUGCGGGCCCCGGCUCCCAGCAGCGGCUGCAAUGGGUUCCCUGCCCCCGAGGAGAAGCCUCCUCCUCCUCCUCCUCCUCCGGGGUCUCUCCCCGGCUGCAGCUCGGGGCGCCAGCGCUUGGCCAGCUGGAAGGAGGAGCGGACGCGGAGCGAGGAGGACAACCAGCUGAACCUGCCGGGCCUGGCCGCCGCCUACGGCACCAUCCUGCGGGCCCUGGGCGAAGACCCCCAGCGCCAGGGCCUGCUCAAGACCCCCUGGAGGGCCGCCACCGCCAUGCAGUUCUUCACCAAGGGCUACCAGGAGACCAUCACAGAUGUACUUAAUGAUGCCAUAUUUGAUGAAGACCAUGAUGAGAUGGUGAUUGUCAAGGACAUAGACAUGUUCUCAAUGUGUGAACAUCAUCUGGUUCCUUUCGUUGGAAAGGUGCACAUCGGUUACCUUCCUAACAAACAGGUGCUUGGGCUCAGCAAACUUGCAAGGAUUGUGGAAAUAUACAGCAGAAGAUUACAGGUUCAGGAGCGCCUAACAAAACAGAUAGCCGUUGCCAUCACAGAAGCCUUGCAGCCUGCUGGGGUUGGUGUGGUUGUUGAAGCGACGCACAUGUGCAUGGUGAUGCGAGGCGUUCAGAAAAUGAACAGUAAAACUGUGACCAGCACAAUGCUGGGAGUUUUCCGGGAAGACCCCAAAACACGGGAAGAGUUUUUGACGCUCAUCCGCAGCUAAAGUCUGCCACCUUUUCUAUGGACUCCCUCUCUGGACUUGUCUUGUCUUAACAUUGCUGUUCGGUUACUUGCUGCUUGUUCCCAUUUCUCUUUUUUAAAAAACGUCUGUCAUUUUAAUUAUUAUUAUUUUUCGGUUCAGUUGUUAUCAGUUCUGUAAAAGGCACCUUACGGUGAGUCCAACAUGUACUUUUUGUUUGCUCAAAAAGUCCCCAGUGUCAGCAGUUCCUAAUGGUCCUGAAAAUGUCCUCUCAAUCUACAUUGUCAUGUGAACCUUUUCAGGUAUUGUCAGACAGUGAAUGUGUAAGAUAUUGUUGGGUUUUUUUUUGUGUGUGUGUGUCUAUGUGAGCUAAAUAAGAUUUUAUAAACAGAGCUUUUUAAGGUCAUUAAAGUGCUUUAAGGAAAUGCUCCCAUUUGAGGGAGGGAGAGGGAAAGCCCUUUGCCCAAAUGCCCCUCAAUAUUGCUUUCACUUGUGGAGAGAAAGAUGGGACAAGAUGUCUGCUAAAGAUUAUCCAGAGGUCUACCAGGAGACUCUGAUCUACCUUCUACUUACACUUGCUGUAGAGUCCUAAUGUCUCAAGCGGAUACAUUUGUGCAGACAUUUAAGGAGAUGUUUGUCUUGUUCUUCAUGAAAAGUGUCUUACUGAAGCUGACCUAAAUAACUGUACUUUGGGCAACAUAAAAUGAAAUACUACUAAGAGAAGUUUUAUAGACUCAUUUAAUUAGAAAAAUGUGGCCCAGUAAUUAGAUACAGCUCUCCUGAGCAGAAUUGCAUGCUUUUUGCUUACGCUCAUUUGCUUGGACCAUUGUGAAACAGAUUAUUUGCCAAGACUUCAGUGGUUCAAGUCAACAAACCUCUGCUCACAUAUAUGAGCCUCUAAAAGUGCUAUUUGGAGGUACUUCCUGGAGAAAAACUACAGCCAGAACUUCUGCCCUUAAACUCUGUGCAUUGACUACAUAGAGACAUGUAGUUGACCACUGUAGGAAAAAUACAUUAGACUGGAUAGAUAUUUGGACAGAUCCUGGAAAAGCUAUUUUGGGGGACCACAGUGGCCACAAUCCCCCCAGUCAUCUAGGCUAAAUAAUUUUUUGUCUGUUUGGGCUAAAUAAGAUUUUAUGGACAGAGCUUUUUUAAGGUCAUUAAAGUGCUUUAAGGAAACGCUCCCAAUCGAGUGAGGGAAAGGGAACUCCUUUUGCCCAUAUGCCCCCCAAAUCACCCCAUUGAUUUUGCCAUAUGGAGAGAAAGAGGGGACAAAAAGUCCUCACACCUUCCAGAUGUUGACUUUUAGGUAGGUUUUCCUGAGGAAGCAAUGCUGAUUCCUGGGAAGAUUUUAGCCAUAAUCGUUUGGUGUCUUAGACAUGCAUUAAGUUCCCUUACAGAAACAAUUGGACAUUUUUCUCCAUUGUGGAACAGACAGAUUGAGAAAAUGUAAUUCUGAAUGUGGUGCCAUGGGCUGCAUGAUCGUAAAUGAUUACCUAUUGUACUUUGUAAAGUGCUGUACAUGGAUGCACAUGUAUGCUGAUGCACAUGGUGCAUUGCAUAUAAUGCAUGCAUAUUUAUUUGUACUGUGUCGCAGUCUUCUAAAAAGUGUGUGGUGCUUCUGUGGCAUCACUCUGUGGCUACGAUACAAUGUGCCCUCAGUGUAGCAUAAAUAUCAGCAGUGCACAACUUAUUUGUAGAAUAGAAUAUUAUGCAAUGCACUGGGGACCAUCGUACAAGGUGCAGUUUACAAUGUGGAACCACAGUUUCCAGUGUGCAAUGUGCUUGCACUGCUGUCGGCAGACUGCAGGUAGUAUUCUGUAUCAGUUAUUUAGUUAAGUAUACUUAACUAAGGGGCUGUACAGACUGGCUUGAAGCGUUGGCAUGGGGCUGUGGAGUUUGGACGACACAUGCUCCCACGCCGCUACCCCCCCUGACAUCACACUGACUUCCCAACUGCAUGGCAGGCGGUGUCACGGCACUCCUUUGGUGUGAUAUUUAUAUGACAGAACCUGAAAGGAGUGCUGAAAGGGUGCCUAUUUGCCGGCUCUAAAAGGAGUGACAUUUUCUUUUAGAGCCGGCAAAGCACCAGAUUAGGGCCGUGGUGUGCAGUUGCCACAACCCCUCAAAGGUGCAGGAGUAAGCCGCUCCUUUGGGGCCAUCUGUUUUGCCCCUCAGUAACUUUUCCUGGCCCAACACCCUCUCUCCCUUUGAUGGAAACAACAUUUACCUAUGUUCCAAUCACCGGCAGAAUUGACCUCUUGCUUCCCAUGCUGAAGCCCAGUAAAAUAGGUUUGGGGACUUACAGUCUUGGCAAAUAAUAAUAACAGAUGAUGAUGAUGGCUCAAGGUGAGGUACAGCAUAUCUAAAUACAAAACACAAAAAGAAAACACAUACAACCAGCAGUCAAACUAUAAUACUAUAAAACCAAACACACUCAUAUUAGUACAUUCUUUAAAAUAUGCAAAUUAAAAAAAUCAUGUUUCAAAAUUAGCUGGCUUGGCUUUCCAGAAGAGAUGUGUUUUUAAUAUUGUUUUAAAUGUCAUCAGUGGUUUCAGCUGUCAUAUCUUUUCCAGCAGGUCACUCCAGAGUUUGGGGGCAGCAAAUGAAAAAGCCCUCUGGGAAACAGUUGCCAGUCUAGUGCUGGCCAGUUGAAGCAAACAUUUCCCAGAGGACCUGAGUGUACAGGUUGGAUUGUAUGGGAACAGGCAAUCCUGUAGGUAACCUGGACCUAGUGUCACAAUUUGAAUAGGUGGCAAUCAUGAAUACAGAACAGUUACCAUCUAUAACUAAUUACAAGGAUACUUAACUAAGCAGCUGAUACAGAAUCCUGGCCUAGGUCUGUUGUGCUAUGCUGAAUAGUUCUCUGUCUUGAUGGCCAGCAUCCUGUUGGCAUUUUAUUUACUUAAUUUCUCUAAUUUGUCUGCCUUUCUCCCAGCUGCCACAAGUUAAGGGCCAAAGAAGAUGAUGGAAAGAGAGCAGAGAGGGACCUAACCCAACCAUAAAUUCCCCUACAGAAAUUAUUGUACUUUAUGGUCUGUUGCAGAACAGAUGUAUUCAUUUCAAGGUUGUGGAAGUGUAGAGGCCAUGUUGCGCAUGGAUACACCUUGUUCAUUGUUGAGUAUGGACGCAAAUUGCAUAUGCACAUCCAUGCCCAUUAGUUGCACAGUGUCACAAUUCUCCAGUGUGUUGGCUUUGUAUAACUAUCAUGUGAUUCUGUGAGUAGAAAGCUGUACUUCAUUUCCUCAGUGUAGUAUCUCAGCGUCUAUCUCCUCAUUUCAGUCUGCAAACUGUUUUUGGCUGCCUCAUUGUCCCUCUCCUUAGCGGGAAGGGUUUCAUAUUCUUUGUGCUCAGAUGUGCAUCUUGCCAUGAAGAAACUACCAGCUAUGAGAUGACUGUUCUUCUGUUCAGCCAACUGUCAGCCUAACAUUGGGGACUGGCACCUGUAAGUCAUGGCAAGAAAUAUCUGUGACAAUCACAUCUUCUUGGUACAGCCGACACUCCAUAUUCAUAAAUUUCUUAUCCUCAUAUUCAACCAUCCAUAGUUUGAAAAUGUUUAGAAAUAAAUAUAAAUUCCAAAAAGGAAUCCUUGAUUUUACCCUUUUAUGUAAGAGACACCCUUUUAUUAACCUACUGAAUAUAAUGGGAUUUGAGCAUCCAUGGAUUUUGGUAUCCACAGAGGGUCCUAGAACCAAACCCCAGUGAAUACCAAGGUAUUUGUACAAUACAAAGGUUUUGGGGGCUGAUAGGCCAAGGAUUUGCUGUAAGACAACCGUUUUUAUAUCCAUUCUACAGGAGUCUGGACAACAACUUAUUUCUCUUGGGAAGGAGUUAUUCAAAUAAGAGGCACAUGGGAAGAAAUCCAUUGUUUCAGGGGACAAAGAUAAAUCCACUGGAAGUGACUAUGAAGGAACAUAUUUUGCAAUGUUCAGUUUUCAUUCAGGAAUUUUUCUUCUCUUUUGGGAGAGUAAUGUAAAUGGGGAAGGUGCACAACAGCACCUGCAGCAAACUGGGUUUACAUUUGAUGGCAUUUCAGUGCUACGUUUUCCUUCUGAUCAAACUUAUAAAUAGUACAGUACAUCAUUCACAUCUGAAAGCACAUUAAUAUCCCAUCAGAACGUCUGUGCCUGAGCAUUUGGACUUUGAAAUUCAGCCCAUGUUUACCUCCCAAUGACCAAUCCCAAAUCAAAGCAAUCUAGUUUGCAAGGUGCAGGAGCUGUGAAAGCUUGUGCUGUGACAAUCAGAUAUCUUUCUGCACUUUAGGAAUUCCUCCAGGUAAUUCCAUGCUGUCUGUACUAUAUAGACGGACCCUUACUUGGAGUUCCUUUAGAUGCUGCUCUUCUUUGGAUUGAGCUAUAGGGAAGGUGACCUUAAAAAUAUCCAUACUGCAUGUUCAGGUCCAGCACAUACAACUUUCCUUUUGUAGCAAAACCGCACCAUACUUGCAGUGGAUCUUAGUUCUGUGCUGGGCCUUUUUAAUGAAGAUGGAUGGCUAAUGCAGCCCUAGUGUUUCUCCACUAUAUUGUUUACUGUUGAUGCCAAUUUCAGUUAAGAUGCAAUAAUAAUAACCAACAACAAUAAUCUAGGGGCAACUGAUGAAAAUGUUAUUUCUUACCCACCUCUCCUCAAGGCUCAAAGUGAGGUACAACAUACUGUAGAUUAAAACUCAUAAAACCGUUAUAACACAUUACAUUAAAAGACAUAAACACAGGACACAUUAAAACCAUCCAACAAUUAAAAAAUAUAUCAAUUUAAAAUUCACAGUCUAAAACUGACUGGUUAGGCCUACCAGAAGAGCUAGGUCUUUAAUACUGUUUUAAAUUCAAAUUCUGUCAAAUCUCUCCAAGCAGGUUAUUCCACAGUCUGGGGGUGGCCAAUGAAAAUGUCCUCUAGGUGACAGUUGUCAGUCUGAUUCUGGCUGGUUAAAGUAAAUGUCCCCCAGAGGACUUGAGUGUUUGGGGUGGAUUAUAUGGGAGGAUUAUACAUCUAGCCUGUGAGUUGUAUAUCUUAAUGCAUACAUCAGUGGAGUGGAAUGGUGGAGGAGUUCCGACAUCUUUUUCAAUCUGCUGAAAAUCAUCCAGAGACUGUGAUCUACUUUCUAUUCACACUUGCCAUAGAGUCCUUGUGUCUCAAGCAGAUAUGUUUGUGCAGACAUUUAAGGAGAAGUUCUGUCUCAUGAAGAUGUGUCUUACUGAAGUUGACCUAAAUAACUGUACUUUGAGCAAAAGAAGUAUUACAUUCUAUAGUCUCCUUUAAUUAGAAAAAUAUGGCCCAAUAAUUGGAGCCAGUUCUCUUAAGCAGAAUUGUAUGCUUUGAGCUUAUGCUCAUUUGCUUAGUCCAUUGUGAAACAGAUUGUUUGCCAGAGUUGAAAUGGCUCAAAUCAAUAGCAAAUCAGACUUCUGCUCACACAUGGAGCCUCUAAAAAUGCUUUUUGGAGGUACUACUUGGAGAUAAACUACAGCCAGAGCCUUGGUCCUUAAGCUUUUUGCAUUGUCUAUUUGGAGACAUAGGGUUGGCUGCUGUAGGAAAAGGACACUAGACUGGAUAGCCAUUUGGGCAGAUUGUAGGAAAGUUAUUUUGGUUGAACUUCAGUUUCCACAAUCCCCCCAGCCAUCUGGGCUGGACAAUGCUAGCAUUAUAAUCCCCCCAAAAACAAUUUAUUGAAGAUUAGUGUCUUCAUAAGUGGCCUGGUUUGUGUGGGAAUUAGAACCGCAUAGUUGUAUAGCGUCCAUAUCUAGUAGAGGGUGUUGCAUUAAGAUAGAGCAGAGCCAUCCAAGUGCCUGGAACUGAUGUGCGCUGGUUUCAGUGCACAUUGCAAUGGUCCUUAUGUGCGUUAGGCUGGCAUUCUUGCUGGUGUCCCAUUAUACAUAUUCAUAAUUUGGUAAAGAGGUUUCUUAGCACCUCUACUACACAUCAAGGUAGACAUAAAGGUACAUAACAGGUUAUAUAGGAUUCCAGUGACCAUUUCCAAGCAAUGCAUCCAGCAGGGCUUUUUUUGAAAGGUCUUUUGGGACCAGUUAUGGGACUUAGAACCUCAAAGGGCCAAUAUGCUGUAUCACCUACUAAGGAACCUUUCUGGUUGCUGGCCAAAUGGACCUCCUCCUCUCCAUGCAGCUAAUACCCAGUGAUGUUGGUUGUGGGCACUGAGUUAUGAUCAUAGCGACAGUGUCACAGUUGUGAAUAAGGGACAUUUAUGCAUGAAUGUAUUUCAUUAAGUAGCUGAUACAGAUUACUGACCAAGGUUCUUUGUGAAGUCGAAGGCUUUCAUGGCCGGCAUCCAUAGUUUUUUUGUUGGUUUUUCAGGCUGUGUGGCCAUGUUCUAGAAGAGUUUAUUCCUGAUCUUUCACCAGCAUCUGUGGCUGGCAUCUUCAGAGAAUGCUGGCAAUGGAAGAGAGUGGGGUAUAUUCUUAAUUUGCUUUAUCCAUCCCUGUCACAUCUGUAUCUUGCCCUUUUUCCAAGCCUUAAAGCACUUCAGUUGAAAUUGAACAACUGGCAGAGAGAGGAGGAGAAGGUAGGAAGACCACCAGGAAUGCCCACUUCAAGGUACACAGAAAUAUAAUCUGUCCAGCUCAAGAGCAAAGGCAGUAGCAGAGGCAUAUUCAGGACAGAGUUUGCACCCUCAUUGUCUAUUGACUAAUCCCUCUUUCCUCCUUGUUUUGCCUUGCUGUCCUCCAGACAUACCUCUUAACUGGUACUUGGAUGCAACCUCCUGGCAACUCUUGCUGUGCAAUCUCCAUAGACAGAACGUGGGAUACUCUUAGGGCGCAUGAAUGCACACUUGUGUAGACCUCAUCAGUUUCCAUAGAACUUGGGCACAUGGACAGUUCGUGCCUUUCUGUGGCCUUAGAACUUGUUGAGAUAACAUUGUAUGCCUUGGUGAAUAUUAUUAUUUAUGAUGAUUCUUUUGUGAACUCUGUGUAACUUGAAGCUCAAAACUUUGUUUUGCUCAGUGUGUGUAUAAACCUAAUUUAGCCUGUUAAUAUGUUCUUCCUAUGUCAAAGUCUGUUCUAUUUAAAGCAUUAAAAUACAAUCUUGGUCCAUUA